GCCACUAAAGCUGUGGCGGAGGUGUUACAGUAUCCUGUUGAUGAGGCUUUAUCAGGUGUCUUGUGGUUGUUCCCCACGGCUGGCUGCGUCCUCAUUCUCAUCGCAUUCCGUUCCAUGUUAUGGUAUCGCUACACUGGUAUAGCCCAUUACGUAGUACACGGCUCUAUGAUCCUCUUCGGCUUAGCUCUCGCUCUUCUAGGUUUACUCGAUCUAGGUCCGAGAGAAGUCAGCUUCCUCUCUCAAACGGAAAAUAAUACCACGGCGGGUAGCGACAAAGUUACCGAUUCGCUUAAUCCGAUGUAUAGACUAUUGAGCACUAGAUAUCCUCUGUUGGUCAUUUGGCUCACGUAUUUCGGUGUGUAUAUGGGAAGUAUAGCUGUGUUGGGGUUCGUACAUCGACGAAAGGGAGGAGUGUGGGAUGAAGAUGUUGGUGGGGAAGAAAAAAAGUUAGGAGGGGGAAUUCAGGUUGAUGAACGAGGUGAUGAGGAAGUGUGAUCUGGUUGAGAUAUGUAGCAACAAGUCAGGUGAUAUUGAAGAGGAUAGAAUCUUGUGGUAAAUCUUGAUGGGUUGUUUGUAAGAAAAAGAAAGUGUCGUUGUCUUGCAUGAAAGGGGAGUAGAGUAAGUGAAGGAUUUAUCUUGAAUAGUAAGAGAAAGAUAUCUGUCAUAGAAUUAAAUAUGUUUCAUAGAUCAUCAAAAUGACCAAAUGGUAUAGAGGAAUAUAGAAGUAUCAC